UUAUAAUAAUAUCUCAAACAUUGAUUCAGGUGACAUGGUCCAUCUGUCCCCCGAUAUUUUCUAAACAACCAAUUAACAUCAAUCAUCUCAUAUAUACCCAAAUGCCGGCAGGCGAACCCCGGCAGGCAUCUGAAGCAGCGGCGGACCCAGACGCAGAAGCAACAUGGGUAUGGGCUGAAAUCAAAGCAGAGGCUCGGCGUGAUGCAGAAUCAGAACCGGCGUUAGCCAGUUACUUGUAUUCAACCAUACUCUCUCACUCUACCUUGGAUCGAUCCCUUUCCUUCCAUCUUGGAAAUAAGCUCUGUUCUUCCACUUUGUUGUCCACUUUGCUUUACGAUCUGUUUCUCAACACUUUCUCUGUGGACCCUGAUCUCCGGUUAGCCGCUGUUGCUGACUUGCGUGCUGCUAGGUCACGUGACCCUGCUUGUGUUUCUUUCUCUCAUUGUUUGCUCAAUUAUAAAGGCUUCCUUGCUUGUCAGGCUCAUCGGGUUGCUCAUAAGCUAUGGACUCAAUCUCGAAAACCAUUGGCCCUUGCUUUACAAUCUCGGAUAUCUGAUGUUUUUGCUGUUGAUAUUCACCCGGGUGCUAAACUUGGAAAGGGAAUACUUUUUGAUCAUGCAACAGGUGUUGUUGUAGGGGAGACUGCAGUUAUCGGCAACAAUGUUUCCAUUCUUCACCAUGUGACUCUAGGAGGGACGGGCAAGGCUGGUGGUGACCGCCACCCAAAGAUCGGAGAUGGUGUGCUGAUUGGUGCGGGGGCAACUAUAUUGGGGAACGUUAGCAUUGGUGCUGGAGCAAAGAUUGGUGCAGGAUCAGUGGUCUUGAUCAAUGUCCCACCACGAGCAACUGCGGUUGGGAAUCCAGCGAGGUUGGUUGAAGGUAAAGAGGCAUCAAAGCUUGAAGAAUGCCCUGGGAUGUCUAUGGAUCAUACAUCAUUCAUAUCAGAUUGGUCUGAUUACACUAUAUGAUAUCGUUGCCUUUGGAAUUUUGAUCAAAAAGUACUUUUGGCUAUGUAUAUUUAGCAGAUCAUUUUGGUCCGACCUUAUCCAAAGAUGGUUAUGUUAGUGUUCUCUUAUGAAAUUCAUAUUAAUAAUAACUAGUUUAGUCGUA